UCCGUACUCCACUGUCCCCUCCAUACUGUGAGCCAUGUCAGACGAUGUCUCUGCGUAUCCGUCCAUCGGCCGACUGACAGCACGCCUCGCGUCGCCGGUGCACUCGCCCCCACCGGCAGCCAGCGUGCUCAUCGUUGGCGCCGGGUGUGUGGGCCAAGUGCUGGCCAACCACCUUGUGCGCUCCGGCGCCUCGGUGUCCUUCGUCGUCCGGCCGGGCAGUCUUCCCGGGCUGGUGGAGCAGGGCUUUUGCCUGCGACAGCUUGAUGCCGGGUCGGACCUGGAGGCGGCCGGGCACCUGACUGCCAGCCUCCCCGGAGCCGACGUCCUGGACCCCGGCCUCAAUGUGACGCUGUUCCCCUCGGUGGCCGAGGCCCUGGCUCCCAUGGCUGGUGAUGGUGGGGACAAUGACGGGGCCCCGGCCGCCACGCACUACGACUAUGUCAUCAGCACCCUGCCGACGGAUGCCCACCGCGGCCCGGAUGGCCAGGCCACCCCUUUCUAUCGGGGUCUGCUUGAGGCAAUUCUGCCGGCCUCCGACACGGUUAUUGUGGGGAUCUCCGCCAUGCCGGAGGAGGCAGCUCUUCUGCGCACCUUCGGCUUCCCCGAUGAUCGGAUUAUCGAUCUUGGCAUCACCUUCCUCGCGUGGCCGGCUCCCCUGCCGGGCGAGCGCUUUGAGGGGUGCCCCCCUUGCUCGCAGGACCCGGAGCACCGGACCAUUGCUUAUGCGAUUGCCCAGGGGCUCCCGGCGUCGAGCCCCGGCGGCCGCAAUGAGCGCGUGGCGGCAUUUGCUGCGCUACUCAGCAGCGGGGGUCUUUCCUGUAAGGUGGUGGAUUCGGCCUGCACGCAGCUCGUCCCGGGCGAAAAUAUCCUCGGCACCCUACUCAUGGCUCUGGAGCUGUCGGACUGGUCCUUUGAGAAGCUUAUGUCCAAUGCCGAGCUCCGUGAAACCACCUGCCGUGCCAUCUCCGAGCGCCUGGCCAUUGGCCAGCAGAGUUUGGCCGACAAGCCCGGCUGGUCUUCCUCGGCCAGCUGGACUUUCUGGAUCGGUGCACAGGCCUUCCGAUUCGUCCUGGGCCAGCGUUUCCUCUGGGUGGUGGCCAAGUUUUUCUUCUCCUGGUUCACCUCCUUCGAUAUGGAGGCCUAUCUGCGAUACCACUUCACCAAGGUCGGCCCGCAGAUGUUCAUGUACGUCAAGAGCGAUCUGGACUUGGCCGCGAGCUCCAACCUGCCGACCGAGAACCUGGACCUCCUGUACAACCAGCUGAAGGAAUAUAAGGAGGCUCGUGGGAUUGCCACGGUUGAGAGCCGUGGUCAGGGCGAUGGUCAGUCGUAAGGCACGAUGACCCCC